GGUUUGGUUUCUGUGAGCUGUUGAGGUAUUUCAGCCUGAACCAAAGCAGCGUGACAGACGAACACAAACAUGUCUGAUCUCCCAAGCGACCCUCCAGUGGUUCCAUCCCACCGUCGCCACGGUUACACACUCAGGACAGAGAGAAGUGAUGUAUAUCUGUCAGGGAGGGAACUCCGUCCCCAUGGAGACGAUAAACAGGUCUGUCAGUGUGACUUACACACAGGUGAAACAUUAGCCGGGCAGAGAUAAAGACACCACACACACACACACACACACACACACACACACACACACACACACACACACACACACACACACACACACACACACACACACACACACACAAACACACACACAUACUGGUCAGGACAGAUGGCGGAUUCACAGAAAACAUCCGAACCCGUCAACUUUGUGCAUCAGGACGAAAUCUGGAAAGCACAUGUAAAAAUUGAGAAGGAUUCAGCCAAUAUCUGGCCCAACAAGUGGGGCUUCCUCAAGGAGGCCUACAAGGAGUACGAGAGGGAGAGUGUAAGGCUGAAGGAGGCGAUCAGACUGAAGCAUCCCCAUCAUCACCAGGGAACACGACCUCCGACCCCUGCAGAAGAAAACACACAUGUUGGACCCUCUCCUCCAGUUCCUCAGACUUCUCAGGCCCUGAUUGGUUGGCGUUUGGGGCACUCGCAUCUUCAGCUAGAAAAGUAUGCCACGGUGCAUCAUGGGAGGCGUAGUUUUCUACAGGAGAUGGGCUGGCCAUUAGGCUCUUGCGACUGAGUGGAAGCAACCAUUCUGUGUCUUCUUGGCUUAUUAUUGACUCAGUGAGCGACAAGGACGUUGCAUUAAAUAAAGACAUGAAAUAAAUCAAUCAUGGGGUUAUAAAUGGUUUUUUUUUGAAAGCAUUCCAUGGUUAUGCUAUUUUAUGUCUUUCCACAACUGUUCUUUGUUACACAGGAGGCAACCUUAGGGUUCUGAAACUGAAGCCAGUGUCUUAAAACUUGCAUUCUAUCUACUGAACAGCAGCGGGCGACUCCACUGACUGGUCAAGUAUGCAACUGACACAAGUGUGACAUAAAAUGUGGAAGUCUUUGAACACUUUCUUUAAGCACAUGUAGCCAUUGCACCAUACAAAAUCAAGAAGCUAUACAUUGUAAUUCUUGCAGAGACAAAGCUGAUAUGAAACAGGCAGUGGUGGAAGAAGUAGUAGAAAUAUCUCUCAGGCUGUGAAACUCCUAAAUUCAUCCAGCACCCUCCACACAUUAUAUUGUUUUGUUUUUGUUUGUUUUUUGUGGGGUUUAUCUUAUGUACCAA